AUGAGCCUUAGGCGAAAUGAGGCAUUCCUCAUUUCAAGAAAAACCACCGUAUUAAUCCCAAAACUAGACUUGGAUUACCUAGAGCGUGGUGGAGGGGGUACCUUGGCUGUGGGGGGAACCCCAAGCGUCGAGCCAAGUCCUGACAGUCUGGAUCUAGUCAAGGUCGUUCUAUUAGGCGCACCAGCAGUUGGAAAAACUAGUAUCAUUCAGCAAUUCGUGUGGAGCGACUUUUCCGAGGACUACUUGCCGACCGACAAGAAACACACCUUCUACCCAUCGGUGAUCAUCAACGAACACCUCUACGAGGUGAAAAUAACAGAUGUCCCGGUGAUCCCCUACUUCCCCAUAAACUCGUACUAUGAGUGGGCGCACUAUCGCUUUUACGGUUUAAGAAACGCCACCGCGUACAUCUUAGUGUUCGAUCUGUCCAAUGUUGAAACGUUCCAGUACAUCAGAACGUUGCGAGACCAGAUGGUCGAGAGCCGCGAUAUGAGGAACGUCCCGGUUCUAGUCGUGGGGAAUAAGCAGGAUCUCCUUUGCAGCGCGGCGCCGACGGCCGCUAGCGGUCUCCAGCAGCUAGCUAUGGCCGAGAGCGCGUGCGGCGAUUCACGGGAGAAGAGGAGGAACAUAGUGAAUCUAGUCAGAAAACAUUGGAAGUGUGGUUAUGUGGAGUGUUCGGCCAAGUACAAUUGGCGGGUGAUAGCGGUCUUCAAAGAACUAAUGGAGAUGAUUGAUGCGUUGGAAUGUUCCGGUGGGGUCAGGAGCGCGGAGCCGCCGCCCGACGCGUCUGCCACCACCCACGAGAACAGGUGUGUGGUUGCUUAG